AUGAAGCCAACCGGCCUCGUUGUCUGCGAGUUGGAGUGUGAAGUUGAGGACCCCUAUUCGCUGGUGUACCAUUUUCCUGUAUCGCCAAAUUGCUAUGAUAUUCUUCGCGAUAAGGGUUUUGACUCAACCCUUCCACCUGAUAUUGAUCUGCAAGCUGGUGAGCAAGACGGAGAUGACGAUGGAAUGGUCACCCCAGUAUCUGGCUUUACUGCUUCGUCUGACCUUUUACCGUAUGAGGAGGAGGCUCGUACACUAAAACGUGUUAGUACCCUCGCUCAUGAAGUAGAACAAGUUUUGAUAGAAGAAGUUCGACACGUCAUCGAUGAGUUCAUCGAACAAGAUGUUCUCAGAAUGACAAGUCACGAAGACGUCCUAGUCGCUAUCCAAGCAUAA